AUGCUUGCAACGAUGAACGGGCAGUCUCAAGCCGGACUUCCAAAUACAGGCGCGAAAGUCGCCCAGAGGCAGCACUGCUACCUGUGUGACCUGCCCAGGUGGCCGUGGGCUAUGUGUACCGAUUAUGUAGAGCCAGUCUGCAGAGGAUGUGUUAACUACGAAGGAGCUGACAGAAUCGAAAAUGUCAUAGAGCACGCACGAAACAUGAAGAGAAUACACGGUUUCCCUAUUAGUGAAGUUCAAUCACAACGUCAGCAACAGCCACAACCAUCUACGACGACGGCGGGACGAUUGAGUCCCCAACGAGUAAUCCCUGUACCUCCGCAUCCACACAUUCCUCAGCUGCCUUCACAACUCGCUCAAAUCACUGAUAAAAUGUUUUCAGGAGACGCACAAACGACGUCCGUUUCUCCAACGUCUACUCACAGCCCUGACCACCCUGAUGUCAACGCUGAACGGCGACGGGAACGUGUCCUACGCUGUACACUGUGUAAUCAGCGGCUUGAGGACACACACUUUGUGCAGUGUCCUAGUGUACCAGCUCACAAAUUCUGCUUCCCCUGCUCCCGUAACUCCAUUAAAAAGCAAUGUACCGGUCAGGAUCUGUACUGUCCGUCCGGCGAGAAAUGUCCGCUAGUGAGCAGUGUCAUGCCAUGGGCAUUCAUGCAGAGUGAGAUCGCGACAAUACUGGGUGACGAGUACGAAGAGUUCAAGCGACAAAGGGAAGCAGCUGGUCUUGGUACCACGGGAGCCACAACCACUCAGCAGAACAGUCAUGUUAGAUUUAUUUUUCUUGUAAGGUUACGAGUCAAGGAACGCACUUGA